AUUAAUAUUAUAUUUUUUUUUAUUAUUAUGUAUUAUUUCCUAACUAUUAUUUACACUGUUUGUACAUGCGAUGAAAAUUGCAAUGAUAACAAUAAAUGUACUCUUGAUAAAUGUGAAAACGGUUGCUGCAAAAACACCCCAAUUACCUGUGAUGAUAAAAACCCAUGCACUUUAGACUCCUGUGAUUGUGACCAUGGUUGUGUUUUCAAACCAAUGUCAUGUGAUGAUCAUAAUGCAUGUACUACUGACUCAUGUGGUCCAAACGGUUGUAUCCAUACCCCAAUGGCCUGUGAUGAUCAUAAUGCUUGCACUGUAGAUUCAUGCUCAAAUUCUACCGGUUGUUGCCAUACCCCAUUAUCAUGUGAUGAUCAUAAUCCAUGCACUGUAGAUUCAUGCUCAAACUCUACUGGUUGCUGUCAUACCCCAAUUGCUUGUGAUGAUCAUAAUGCCUGUACUGCUGAUUCUUGUGGACCAAAUGGUUGCAUUCACACCCCAAUUGCCUGUGAUGAUAACAAUGCCUGUACCGUAGAUUCAUGUUCAAACUCCACUGGUUGUUGCCAUACUCCAUUAUCAUGUGAUGAUCACAACCCAUGCACUGUAGAUUCAUGUUCAAACUCCACUGGUUGUUGCCAUACUCCAAUUGCUUGUGAUGAUCAUAAUGCCUGUACUGCUGACUCAUGUGGUCCAAACGGUUGCAUCCAUACCCCAAUUGCCUGUGAUGAUAAAAAUGCCUGUACCGUAGAUUCAUGUUCAAACUCCACUGGUUGUUGCCAUACCCCAAUUGUCUGUGAUGAUCAUAAUGCUUGCACUGUAGAUUCAUGUUCAAAUUCCACUGGUUGUUGCCACACUCCAUUAUCAUGUGAUGAUCAUAAUCCAUGUACCAUUGAUUCAUGCUCAAACUCUACUGGUUGUGUCCAUACUCCAUUAUCAUGUGACGAUCAUAAUGCCUGUACUGCUGACUCAUGUGGUCCAAACGGUUGCGUCCAUACCCCAAUUGCCUGUGAUGAUAAAAAUGCCUGUACCGUAGAUUCAUGUUCAAACUCCACUGGUUGUUGCCACACUCCAUUAUCAUGUGAUGAUCACAACCCAUGCACUGUAGAUUCAUGUUCAAAUUCCACUGGUUGUUGCCAUACCCCAAUUUCAUGUGAUGAUCACAAUGCCUGUACCAUUGAUUCAUGUGGUCCAAAUGGUUGUUGCCACGAACCAAUUUCAUGUGAUGAUAAAAACCCAUGUACCAUUGACUCAUGCUCAAACUCCACUGGUUGUAUCCAUACCCCAAUGUCCUGUGAUGAUAAUAACCCAUGUACUGCUGAUGCAUGCACCUGGGCCAAAGGUUGUACCCAUACCCCAUUAACCUGUGAUGAUAAAAAUGCCUGUACCGUUGAUUCAUGUUCAAAUUCUACUGGAUGUUGCCAUACCCCAUUAGCCUGUGAUGACCAUAACCCAUGCACCAUCGAUUCAUGUAAUAACUCCACUGGUUGUUGCCAUAUCCCAAUCUCAUGUGAUGAUCACAAUGCCUGUACCAUUGAUUCAUGUGGUCCAACUGGUUGUUGCCACACUCCAUUAUCAUGUGAUGACCAUAACUCAUGCACUUUAGAUUCAUGCUCAAAUUCAACUGGUUGUGUCCAUACCCCAAUUGCCUGUGAUGAUCACAACGCCUGUACCGUAGAUUCAUGUUCAAACUCCACUGGUUGUUGUCAUACUCCAUUAGCAUGUGAUGAUCAUAACCCAUGUACUGUUGAUUCAUGUUCAAACUCCACUGGUUGUGUCCAUACCCCAAUUGCCUGUGACGAUAAUAACAAAUGUACCGUAGAUUCAUGUGGUCCAACUGGUUGUUGCCAUACCCCAUUAUCAUGUGAUGAUCAUAACCCAUGCACUGUAGAUUCCUGCAAUAAUUCAACAGGUUGUUGCCACACUCCAUUAUCAUGUGAUGAUCAUAAUCCAUGCACUUUAGAUUCAUGUGGUCCAAAUGGUUGUAUCCACACUCCAAUGGGAUGUGAUGAUAACAAUGCCUGUACUGCUGACUCAUGUGGUCCAACUGGUUGUUGCCAUACCCCAAUUGCCUGUGAUGAUAAAAACCCAUGUACCGUAGAUUCAUGUUCAAACUCAACUGGUUGCAUCCAUACUCCAUUAGCAUGUGAUGAUAACAAUAAAUGUACCUUUGAUAGCUGUUGUGACGGUAAAUGUGAACAUAAACCACUUGACUGUGAUGACCAUGAUCCAUGCACUAUUGAUUCCUGCGAUUGCAACUUAGGCUGUGUUCAUAAACAAGUUGUUUGUGAUGAUGGCAAUUCAAGAACUUGUGACUACUGCAGCAGAAAAGCAGGUGGUAAAUGCAUAAGUAUUCCAUAUGCAUCAUGCAAAAAUGGUAAAUGUGGUGAUGAUAUGUAAAAAUCACCAACAAUUUAAAUUUUAUAUAUACAAAUAAUAACUAUUUAAACAUUAGAAUCAAUAUUAUUUAAUAAACUUUUUAUACAUAAUUAAAAAAAAUAAAUCUUUUUUAUUUAAAU